AUGCUUGUUAGUAGGUUUGUGAAUGGAAGGCCGAACGUGUGUGCGGAGCAGGAGCUGAUGCUGGUGGCUCAGAAGCAGCCCUGCGUCCAGGCCUUCACGCGCAUGGUCAAGGUGUGGAAGCAGGGCUGCUCGGGCCAGGUGUGGUGCUUCGGCUAUGAGAGGAGGACGGUCUACUACACGGGCUACAGACAGGUGUACAGACAGGACUACCAGACCGUGUACAAGUGCUGUCCUGGGUGGUCGCAGCUCAACGGAGAGGCAGGAUGCCUUUAUCCUGUGUGCAGCACGGGCGUGUGUUUUAACGGCGGUCAGUGUCAGGAGGGGGGCUCGCAGGUCUGUGACUGUCCCGCUGGGUUUGACGGACCCCGCUGUCAGUACGAUGUGAACGAAUGUGAGGAGACUAACGGGGGCUGUGAGGCCCUGUGCUGUAACACCAUCGGCAGCUUCUACUGCAAGUGCCCCAGCGGCCAGGAGCUCCAGGAGGACGGCAAGACCUGCCAAGAUGUGGAUGAGUGCCAGGUCCAUAAUGGCGGCUGCCAGCACCGAUGCGUCAACACCAGGGGCUCGUACUACUGCGAGUGCAACCCAGGGUCCCGUCUGCACACGGACGCCCGCACCUGCAUCGCGGUCCUCUCCUGUGCGGUCAGUAAUGGAGGCUGUGAGCAGGACUGUGUCCAGCUCUCCCCCGCCCACUUCCACUGCCGCUGCCGACACAACUACCAGCUGGCUGAGGACGGCAAGCACUGCAAACUGGCGAGUCCGUGUGCGGACAGGAAUGGCGGCUGCGUGCAGGUGUGCCGCAGCGACCGUGGCGUGGCGCGCUGCGACUGUCUCCCUGGAUACCGCCUGGCAGGGGACCGCAAAGCCUGCGAGGACAUCAAUGAGUGUCAGACGGGUCAGGCAUCCUGUUCUCAUGGUUGCCAUAACACCCGAGGCUCCUUCCGCUGCAUCUGUAACCCUGGAUACGAGCUGGGUGCUGACGGCAAGCAGUGCUACCGCAUCGAGAUGGAGAUCGUGAACAGCUGCGAGACGGGCAACGGAGGCUGCUCCCACCACUGCCAGCACUCCACCGACGGGCCCGUCUGCAGCUGUAACCGCGGCUACCAGCUGGACGAAGACCUGAAGACCUGCGUGGAUCUGGACGAGUGUGAGGAUGGCAGCUCCUGCUGUGAACAGGACUGUACCAACUACCCCGGGGGGUACGAGUGCUACUGCGGAGCAGGGUACCGGCUCAACUCAGAUGGAUGCGGCUGUGAUGACGUGGACGAGUGUCUGGCGGAGAACGGCGGGUGUGAGCACACCUGCCAGAACACGGCGGGCUCCUUCCUGUGCUACUGCACCCUGGGACACCGCCUGGCCGAGGACCGUCACUCCUGCAUCCCGCUGCGGGACGCGGUGGAGGCUCUGUCCAGUCGGCUGGCGGUGGAGCGAGCGCGGCCCCCCGUCACGCUGCUGCAGGACUAUGCCCAGCCGCUGGAGCGCUACGACGACUACGACGACGAGGGCCUGGGCGAGCUGCGCGCCGAGAGCAACCUCGCUGAGAAAUACGUGUGUCUGAACAACACCUUCGGCCACGACUGCAGCCUGACCUGCGACGACUGCACCAAUGGCGGGACGUGUAACCCGGAGGGAGACGGCUGCGUCUGUCCCGACGGCUGGACGGGGGCCGUGUGCAACGAGACCUGCCCCUCCGGCUCCUUCGGCAGGGACUGUGUCUUCCCCUGUAAGUGUAAGAACGGAGCGACCUGUGACCCCGUGACCGGCUACUGCCGCUGCCCGCCCGGCGUCAGCGGGGACAUGUGCCAGGACGGCUGUCCGAAGGGUCUGUAUGGGAAGCACUGCAACAGGAAGUGUAACUGCGCCAACAACGGCCGCUGCCACCGGAACUACGGGGCGUGUCUGUGUGACCCGGGGCUGUACGGACGCUUCUGCCACCUGCCGUGCCCUAAGUGGGCGUUCGGGCCGGGCUGCUCGGAGGAGUGUCAGUGUGUGCAGAAGAACACCCUGGAGUGUCACCGUCGCCAUGGCACCUGCGUCUGCAAACCCGGCUACCAGGGCAAGACCUGCACGGAGGAAUGCAGCGCGGGUUUCUACGGCUCCGGGUGCCAGAGACAGUGUGAGUGUCCGCCGGGCGUUCUGUGCGAUCACGUGACCGGGGAGUGCCAUCGGCGGUGUCCGGCCGGACGGCGCGGGGAAGACUGCGACCAGGAAUGCUCUGAGGGGACCUAUGGGGUGGGCUGUGCCCAGACGUGCCUGUGUUCGGGGGCUCUGUGUGACAGGGUGACAGGGCAGUGCCUCUGUCCUGCUGGGAGGACCGGAGAUCGCUGUGAAAACGAGUGCAUGGACGGCCAGUGGGGCGUGGGCUGUAGGGAUAAGUGCCCGCUCUGUGAAAACGGUGGCGUGUGUGACAAACGCAACGGGACCUGUCUGUGCCAGCCCGGCUACAUGGGAAAGCUCUGCCUGAACGCUUGCCCGACCGGGCGGUUUGGUCUGGGCUGCCAGCUGCGCUGUCUGUGUGAGAACAGCGGGCAUUGCCACCCGGUCACCGGGCGCUGUUCCUGCACCCCCGGCUGGACCGGGAGCACCUGCAGGAGAGCGUGCGACGCGGGGGCGUGGGGGCCGGACUGCGCCAACGCGUGCGACUGCAGGAACAGCGACGGCAGCUGCAGCGCGGUGACGGGACAGUGCCAGUGUGAGGCGGGCUUCACCGGGGCCCGCUGCAGCCAGAGAUGUCCCCCCGGCUCUUUCGGAAUGGGCUGCCGACACUACUGCCAGUGUGACAACGACGCGUCAUGUGACCACGUGAGCGGGGCCUGUACCUGCCUGCCGGGAUGGACCGGAACCUUCUGCGAGAAACCGUGUCCGGAGGGUUUCUAUGGGCUGGAGUGUCAGGAGCAGUGUAACUGUGUGAACGGGGGGCGCUGUCACCACCUGACCGGGGCGUGUGUGUGUCCUGCAGGCUGGGUCGGCCCACUCUGCGAUUCCAAGUGCCAGGCUGGAUUCUAUGGUGUGGGCUGCAACCAAACCUGUAACUGCCAAAACCAUGGCAACUGUGACCCCAGCAACGGGCAGUGCCAGUGUCUGAAGGGCUGGACUGGAGUCAACUGCCAGCAAGAAUGCCCGGCGGGCUCGUACGGGCCGGACUGUGCGCAGCGCUGCCUGUGUCAGCGCGGCGGAGCGUGUGACCGGUUCAGCGGACGCUGCGCGUGUCCCGACGGGUGGACCGGGGUGGCCUGUGAGCUCGAGUGCGCACAGGGCCGGUUUGGGGCGGGGUGUCAGCAGCGGUGUGCGUGUGAGAACGGGGGCCAGUGUGACCGGCUGACCGGACGCUGCGUCUGUCGUCCAGGCUGGAUCGGAGACACCUGUCAGACAGCCUGUCCUGAGGGCAGCUUUGGGCUGGGCUGUGAGGAGAGGUGCAGGUGUGAGCACAGCGCCCCCUGUGACCACGUCAGUGGAGUCUGCCUCUGCCCCCCGGGAUGGAGGGGUCCACUCUGCGACAGAGCCUGUUUACCGGGAACCUUCGGCACUUCCUGCGCGCAGCGCUGUUCCUGUCCCCCCGGCACUUCCUGUAACCACGUGUCCGGCGAGUGUGGCUGUCCCCCCGGCUUCACCGGCAACGGCUGUGAGCAGACCUGCCUCCCUGGCACGUACGGGCUGAACUGUAACCAGGUGUGCCAGUGCUCCGCAGCCAAUCAGCUGUGCCACCCCGUCUCCGGGCUCUGCUACUGCGCGCCAGGCUACCGUGGCAACGGCUGUCGCCAAGAGUGCGAGGGCGGCCAUUACGGGCCGAACUGUGAGCGGCAGUGCCAGUGUCUGAACCAGGGAGAGUGCCUCUCCACCACCGGCACCUGCACCUGCCCCGCGGGGUACAUCGGGGCAGACUGCAACAUCACCUGCUCUGUGGGGCGGUACGGUCAGGACUGUGCCCAGGUGGCGGUGUGUGGGGAGGGGGCGAGGAGCCACCCGGUCACUGGGAGGUGUGUGUGCAGCGCCGGGCGCAGGGGAAGCCGCUGUGAGCAAGACUGUGCUCAGGGCUGGUUCGGGGAGAACUGCGCUCGGGCCUGUAACUGCAGUAACGGAGCUGUGUGCGACCCUGUGUCUGGACUCUGUACCUGUGGACUGGGCUGGACCGGGCCCAACUGUGCGGCCGAGUGCCCACAGGGUCGAUACGGUGCCAACUGCCAGCUGGAGUGUGAGUGUCAGAACAAGGGCGUAUGCAACAGAGUGACUGGACAGUGCCAGUGUGAGCCAGGGUACUACGGACAUGUCUGUGAACAUGCCUGCCCUCCUGGUUUCUAUGGCUCCCGCUGCCAGCUGCCGUGUGACUGCAGAAAUGGCGCCCCCUGCCACCCCAGCACCGGCCACUGCAUCUGUCCGCCUGGUUACCGAGGCGACCGCUGCCAGAGAGAGUGUGCGCAGGGCUGGUUUGGGCAGGACUGUGCCCGGUCAUGUGACUGUGAUGAUGGCGCCCCAUGUGACCCGCUGACUGGCAGGUGCCUCUGUCCCCCUGGCAGGACGGGGCCCAGAUGUGAUUCAGCCUGCCGGGGCGGCCAUUUUGGGCCCGACUGCUCGCUGCCCUGCGAGUGUGGGAACGGGGCGCAGUGUGACCCUCGAAAUGGCCGCUGCACCUGCCUGCAUGGCUGGGUCGGGCUCACCUGUCAGGAAGGGGGGCCCCCUAAACCUCCACACCAGCCACACAGAAGGAGAAGAGAAGAAGAAGAACACUCCCAUCUACACGCCCCAGUAUAGCACCACCUGCUGGCCGGUUUCAGGCAACACCACACUGACUUUCCCCCUGUACACAAAGGUCCAACAAACCGCACCGAACCACGAAGUGAACGACGACACGCACACACACACACACACACACACACACACUUUAACCACAGAAAGGAAGGACCCAAGUCUCCCAGCUCAAGGUGUGGCUGAAACAGGGAGUGUGAAUGAGACAGCAGAGAGAAACUUGACUCUUAUAAAACGAACUAUGUGAAUGCAAGGCUUGGGAGCGGAGUCGUUUCCUCCAGAGUCUGGAUACAGAGGCGAGCCACCUCCCCGGUGGUACCCCCACACCCACCCCCCAGUUCUCCCAGUCCUCCCAGUCAACCCGCCUCCCCGGACACUGGGCAAGUGGUGGAGAAAAAGAGUCACAACGUGUCUUUAACAGGUUUGGAUGUGCUUCAGAGGAGCUGACCAGCAGAUGGACCCAGCACACUGGGUUACAGAGAGAGCCAGGCUUGCGUCUUCAGCCAGGCUGAUCUGAACUCUAGUCGUAACCCAAUGUACUAUUUAAGUAUCCGUGUGUAUAAUGGAAUACAGUUAACCCCCACAAAAUCAUUUUUUUUUAAAGUACCGAAAAAAAAAUAUAUAUAAGUGCUUUUAUGAGUCUAUAGGCACUUAACCAGCUCUGUCAGUUGGGUGGUUAUGUUGGGAAUAUUAAUCAAGUGGGGGAUGAUGUAACUGUGGGUGGCUACACCAACUUUCAGCUUGUGUGCUGUGCACAUCGAAUACGCCACUCUUAGAUAUGCUACCUAUCAGCGGAUUAGAUUGAUACUCAGAUCAUGGCCUCUGUUCUUUUAGCCUUUUACUUUAUUGAGCAAAGACAUUUUUCAAAAAUAUGAAUUGAAAUUGCACAUUCUCUUAUAAUUUGAAAUGAGCUUUCCUUGCAUACAAAGAGAUACAUAAAUGUCUGUGCUAUACAGUAACAGCGUUGCAGAAUACACUUGAGAGGUUGUGCUUGCAUAAUGUCAGUUCCAUUACACAGUUUCUCAACCCACAGUCAUUUCUGGGGUUCUGCACAAACUGGCGUUGAAUUUUAUUAUCUCAUUAAAUUAAGUCAUUAGCUGUAUACAUGAAAAUGCAAACUGAUUGAAUCUUGUCAUGUUGACAGCCUUGGGUCAUUGCUGUGAAACACGGUAGUAUCAUUUUCAGGUUCAAGAAAAUAAAAGAUUGGCUAUUUUUUUUCAUGUGUAAAAUGGUUCUCCAGUUUAAUUUGUGCAGACGGUGUGCCACGUGCACAUGCAGUAUCUAAAGCUCAGAGUCUGGCUACUGUGUGCAGUAUGUCAUGUUUUCAGGUUGCAUCAGAGAAAGUCAAACCGUGUACAAAAGCCAUCGCAGGAAACUGAAUUUAAACAAGCAGGUUUACCUCAGACCCUGACUGCCUCACAGAGUUGGGGGUAGGGCGGGGCCGCAGAAAUUCUGGAAGGAGCAUGUCGAGGGAAUGCCCAAAUACCCUUCUUACUCUGCCGUGCGUUUGCACCGCCCUAUCCAAACUACACGUUCCCUACCUGACUUCUGUCUGUACUUGAGAUGUUUUUGAAUAGCUGAUGUUUUUGGUAGUCCCCCCCCCCAUCUUCAUUAGCUGAAAUACCCGUCAGUAUAUACAGUUUGUAUGGAUCAAUGUAAGAAAGACUGCAAGGAAAAUGCAUUGCAUCACAGUAUCAAUUCUAAGGAUACUGCAAUGCGGUGGUUUCAUUAGUUAACAGUGAUGGCUGGCUUGUCUACCAUAUGAAGAGAAAUAUGGAUGAAAUGUUGCCUUUUUUGGACAGAUGUCCUAAAACUCCUUCACAAGACUGUCAGUACUGUUGUGAAUGGAAUAAGACAGUAUUCAAACACCUUGUUGAUCUGUUUCACACAGUAUUGUUUACACACCAACAAUACUAAUAUUAUUCAAAAUGAUAAGAAAAACGUUAUCUAUUGCCAUCUGUUGCAAUGACUAAUAGCCCUCUGUGUUUAUCUUUGCCUUUGACAUUAAACUGUGUUUCCAUUUAACUCACAAACACCAUGAACAUUUCUGACAUUGGGUUCUGUGUAUAUGAAGUGACUGCUCUUGAGAAAAUGGUGCUAUGAUUUUAUUGUUGUUUUACAGUGUGUAAAACAUUGUGUAUUAAAAAUAGUGUAAAUGAGUGAUUAUGUGUUCUAAAGAUAUUAUAUGUAUGUAUGAAUAGUGUAUUAUUGUCCAAACUGUUCAGUUUUGUUUAAAAAUGUAUCUGAUGACCAUUUUAACACGGUGGGGCCUUGCAGCCUGUUCCACAAAGCAGGAUCAUGGAGCCGGAAAACUGCACAAGGCAAUACCCAGAAGAGCUUUUUUUUACUGCAGUCCAUGUUCCAGGUUUGAUCCAGAUUUGACAGGUUUUAAUGGGUGCAGUUAUCCAUAUUAACUGGUGAGCGUUCUGGCACAAAAUGGCCACCAUGCAUCACUCAGGUGGGUUCUACAUAUUGGUGGUGUUUGAGGGGAGUUUCCCCCGAUAACUCUUAGUACUUUGAGUGUCUAGGAAAGCGCUGUCUGUCUAUCUAUCUAUCUAUCUAGAUAGAUAUCCUGCUUUGUGGAACACACCUCUGUACAGGUAGAGAGAAUUUAUGUUCAAGGAACUCCCUUGAACGCAGUGAUUGUACAGCUUUGCAUACAGGACCCUAUCUGGUUCCAGGUUACUAAAAUUCAGUUAUUAAAUGAAUAUACUGUACUGUAAAGGCAGUUCAGAUGUACUACGCUUGCUUCACUGUUUCUCAUACUGUGCUGAAGAAAAAGGGUGUGUGUGUAUGCAUGUGUCUAUGUGAAUAGAUCUGUAAAGCUUAAUUAUACAACAGUUUUUUCCCUCCAUUUCCACAUAGGACCCCCCUGAUUAAAACACAAACACAUAUGGUGCCAGUGUUAUGAAUUAUGUGUGUGUGUCUAUGUACAUAUGUGUAUAUAUGUAUAUGCACACACUGCUGAGAGUAUAGUAGUAUAUCAUUUUAUGCCGACACAAAAGCACUGCGUCAAACUCUCCUUACAUUGGUACACUGUACAGUACAUUUAAUCUGUUUACAGAAUUAUUAAACUGUGGGAAAAUCUAAUGUUUCAGACUAUUCAUUGUAUAAAUAAAAGUAUAAAAGUG